UUCGAUAAGCAUUUUCUUGGAAAUUUACGUCAAUAUCUGCAUUCUUCCGCGCUCCGGGAAUAUCUAAAACCGCUAAAACAUAUAAAUUACAGUAGCAUUAUCUUUAUCGCGGCCUGAAAAGCAUGGACGGUGGAUAAGAAAACGCUAACAAUACCUAUGAAUGUAAUUGUAUCAUUGUCUCAUUCACAGAAUUAUUCACUAUCGUGAGCAUGCACACUUUUCAUGUAGCAUUUUAUUCCCGAAUGAAUGAAGCCGGCCAUUGGGUUAUCCCCUGGCAGAUGGAAGAUUUCAGCCGGAUUUUAAACCUUCAGAAGGGUUCGGGAUUAGCUACUGCGUCCACUUCAAUGCGUUAUGGCACGACAUUGCACACGAUCCGUUCUUGCCUAAACGCUAUCAAGAUUUUUCUGAACACCACAAACAGGCAUCAAUCACAGCAUAAUGAAUGAAAUCAGCGCAAACAAUGAAAGCUCAACGUGAUAUGGUAAAGAUCAGUCUCAGCGUUACGUAAUGAAAUCAGUCCGGCACAUCCUCGAAAACUGGCUGAGGAAACUUUUUAACAGAACUGAUGUAUCGAGUCACUCGAUCGUGCCGGGGGUGCGGUCCUUGUCGUUCGACGAGGACGCGCCGCUGCCUCAGCUGCCGGCCUGGGUGGCCGACCCGCGCCGCACUGUACCGCCAGACGGCGCCGACAGCGGAUCAGGUGAGCAGAAAUGGAGCCCACCGACACUGAUGACGACAUUGACAUCCGCGGCGACCCGGCGUCUCUGCCACCAACUCUGUAUGUGUUGGAGCUGGCGGCGGGUGUGCCGGCAGCCACGGUGGACUGGUACAUCAGCCGGGUGCAGGGUCGCCGCCGGACCGGCGGUGCUGAGCUGCUCGUCAGCGCCCAGCCCCAGCUGCCGGGAAAGGGCUUGGUGCUCCAUCUGACCGCAUCCCGUAUCAAACUGCUCGAGACCGCCGAGCGCAUGGAGCUGAGGAAGAAGGACCGGGACGGUUACCUGCGCGACUUCACCUGCGCCGAGCUGGACGAGUUUCUCGGCGAGGGUGGUGUGGACGGUCUCCUAACCAUGUGCGAGAAACAGCGGAUCGUGCUGCACGAGCUGGAGCACAUCCGGGCGCGCUCGGCCGAGCACCAGCUGCCGGGCUACCCGAGCAUCCAGCUGUUCCCGGGCCAGAGCGUCACGCGCCUGCUGCUGCAGGAGGGCAUCAUCGCCCAGCUGUUCCCCGUGCACGACACGGCCGAGCUCGAGCGGCUAGGCAAGUCGUGGUACGCGGCGCUCUUCCAGCGACAGCCGUUCGAGGACAUCCGCGCCUACUUUGGCGAGUCGGUGGCACUGUAUUUCUCCUUCCUGGGCUUCUACACGACGGCGCUGUGCGGCCCGGCGGCACUCGGCCUGCUCCAGCUGGUCUUCUCGGUGGACACGCUGCACGAGUACGCUCUCUACUCGCUCUUCAACAUGCUCUGGGUCACCGUCUUCCUCGAGGCGUGGAAGCGGAAAUGUAACGAGCUGGCGUACGUCUGGGGCGUGAUGGACAAGACGCAGAUGUCGUUCCUCGAACCACGGGCCAACCACCGCGGCGAGAUGGUGCGGGACGAGAUCACUGGACGCUACAUGCCCUACUACCCGCGCUGGAAGACGCUACUCAAGCUAUAUCUGGUCUCCAUCCCGGUGGUGGUGGUCUGCCUGUUCGGCUCGUUCUACCUGAUGCUGGUGUCGUUCUGGGCCGAGGAGUACCUGACGCUGCACCGGGACCAGUACGGCGGCAACCUGGCCGCCGUGCUCAUCAUGCUGCCGUCCGUCAUCUACUCGGUGGUGGUACUGGUGCUCAACCAGUACUACAACAAGAUGACCACCUUCCUCACCGAGUGGGAGAAUCACCGCACGCAGAAGCAGUUUGACUACUACCGCGUCAUCAAGCUGGCACUGUUCGAGUUCGUCAACAGCUUCAUGUCGCUCUUCUACAUCGCCUUCUACAUACAGGACUUGGAAAUGCUCAGAGGGCAACUGGCCGUGAUGCUCAUCAUCCAGCAGCUGGUCAACAACUUCCAGGAGGCUCUGCUGCCCAUCGUCAUCCGCACCACAUACUCAAAGGUUCAGGAGAAGGUGGUGACCAAGCUGAAGGAGCACAAGCUGACCCGGAAGCUGUUCGAGAGCCGCACCCUGGACGCGGUGGACGCUGAUGACGCACGCGUCAGAGUGAGGACGCUGGAGCCGGACGACCCGCGCGUGCAGGAUGUGUCGGAGCAGCUGCAGCUGGAGCCCUACCCGGACACAUCCGACGACUACCUGGAGAUGUUCGUCCAGUUCGGCUACGCCUUCCUCUUCUCGUCCGUCUUCCCGAUGGCCGCCUUCUGGGCCGUGUUUAACAACCUGCUUGAGAUCCGUGCGGACGCCUUCAAACUGUGCAAGGUCUACCAGCGGCCGCCGGCCAAGAGCGUGCGAAACAUCGGGGCAUGGAUGAGAAAACAUAAAAAUGGCAAAGUCGCGGCACUCCCUGCUAAGAAACGGAAAACAACUCAGAAUAAGCAACCAGUCGCCGGCGUUCGAGGUGCUCGGCUUCGUGGCUGUAUUCACCAACUGCGCGCUGCUCUGCAUGUCCCCGGCGCUGCGUUCACUGGCUCCCGGCCUCACCUCCGUCGAGUGGGUGGUGGUGUUUGUACUACUGGAACACACUCUGCUGGCGCUCAAACUCACCCUGACUCAGGUGGUGCCCAACGUGCCAUACUGGAUCCGCAAGGCGAUCGCGUCACACGAGUACCGAGUGCGCCAGCAGCUGCACAGGAAGCGGCGCCGCGAGACCCGCCACCGGCUGUCUCGCCGCUUCUCCUCCAAGGCGGCGGCAGUGGCGGCCAUACAGCGGCCGGUCAGCUUCCAGCCGGACUCGGGUGUUCGCCUGCGGACCCACUAGUGGUCGAACUCACUAAACUCGACCGGGUGAGGCAGCUAGCGCGUCCUCCAGCGCCGCAAACCCCAACCGGAGCCCUGUUGGCAGCAAGUGCCUACUCGUGUGCUCAAUCGUCUCGAAUGAGCGUUGUUUGCUGGUUUUGGGCUGUCAGGCUGCAGUUUUCUUAUGGAUUUGGGUACGUGAUUGUUAGCAGCGAUCUAAAUGGACAAUAUUUUCUAUAAAUUUUAUAUGAUCGAAUCAACAUGGGAGGUAGUUGCGGAACAGCUUUAAUAUGUUACGUUCUCAAAUGACGGUGUUCACUUCUCAGGAGCGUCUAGCCAUAAAUUUACACAAAUGAUCAUGUCUUGUCUGGUGUUGCUUUGGUGCCGACUAAGCCUUGUGGGCUUAGAUCCUUACGGAAAGUGUAUGUGUGCCUGAUGCGUGAGUCAAAGCAAUAAUUGUUAAAGCUUUUCAGAGUGAUUUACCCUGAUAGUUCUUAUUAGUCGUUGAAAAGAGACUUGGCUACCAUAGGAUAGCAUAAAGGCCUAGGAUAGGCGUUUGCCCUCCUAGUCAGAUAGCUCGACUUUAUGGUUUACACUGUUUGUAUAUAUCGAAUGCUAUUUAAUUUUGUUAUGCGGCGAUCUGCGGUACUCUUACAUCCAUGUGCAGUUUCUUGUGAAAUUUAUCUACCGAGUGAAACAAACCUGCAGUGGAUUGGUAAAUGUUCGGCAGUUAGUACUUACUUUUGUCUCAAUGCUGAUAUCUGUGUUUUCUAUUUGAUUUAUUUUCUUGUCCACCUGUUCCUCUGAAAGUUGUUGCCAGAGCUGAGCGCUGGUUUCUGGUCGCGCGCUGGCCCUGUCUACCUGCACAAUCUGAAUGAUUUGACUCUGCCACACUAGCUUCUAAGCGGGUCUCCUCCUCCCGGUUCCGUGGAGCAGGGCAGGCCUCGGCUGCACUGUCUCUCCGAGUGAGGCAGGGGUAUUGUCGGCCGUCUUUUCCUCUUGGAUCGGUGGAGCAGAAGCUUCCUCGUUCUUCCCGUCCUCUUUUGUUCUAGAUAGACAGAGUGAGCGAUCGUGCCACUACUUUUGGACCUGUCAAUAAACGGACCGAGCCUGAUUGGUCGCUUGCA